AUGACUAAAAUUGCUCAAGAAAUUCAGAACAAAAGCCCUUUGAGGAGUUGUAAAAUAAGUAAGAUUUUACUGUACGGCAAGUGGGGGAAAAAGUCCGUCACGCUGAGUUACGGCAUCAACAGUCAGCACUGCGAGGACACAUCGACUCUCUACUGUACCUUGGUGCGCCCACAUCUGGAGUACUGCUGUGUGAUUUGGUCGCCACAUCAGAAAUAUCUGAUUGAGGAUCUGGAGAGGGUCCAGAGGCGAUUUCUCAGGCUGGUAGGGCUAAGGUUGGGCUAUGGAUACCUAGAGGUCUCUACACGCGAAGUGGCAUCCCUUCUCCAACUACCCGCUCUUGAAACAAGGCGCUUCUACCAUGAUGCAAUAUUCUUGUUCCGCCUCGUUAACUCUACUGUGGACUGUCCUGAGCUGCUGGAGAGGAUUUGCUUCCGGGUUCCUGCUGGUACUAGAUCCCAAUAUCUAUUUGAUAGAUCCUCUGUUUCCUCAUCAUACUUGGCCAACUCUACGAUGCGGAGAAUUCAGCUUCAUGGAAACCUUCUUCCUAACCACAUGGAUUUCUUCGCUUCCUCAUUCCUAACCUUCAAACGGAAUCUCAAGACAUUUAUCAACCUGCAACACACUAAAACCUCUUAA